GCAGCCGAGCUUUAAAAGUCCUUGCUGGGACGGGCUCGCUUCCGCGUCACCCCGGCGUCCCCAUGGCCCCCACGGUGCCGCUGCCUGCCCUGGCGCUGGUGGCCCUGGUGGUCCUGGUGGCCCCGGGGCUCGGGGUGGCUCCCGGCUGUGACCGCCCUGCCCACCUCUGGUGCAGCUCGCCGGAGAUCGCCGUCGCCUGCCAGGUGGAGAACCACUGCCCCAACCUCCCUCGCCCCGCGGCUGCCCCAGUGGAGCUGAGCCUGUACUAUGAGAGCCUGUGCCCAGCAUGCCGUGAGUUCCUGGUCCUGAAGCUCUUCCCCACCUGGCUGCUGCUGCCCUCGGAGAUGCUGAACAUCACCCUGGUGCCCUAUGGCAAUGCCCAGGAGAGGAACGUCAGCGGGAAGUGGGACUUCCAGUGCCAGCAUGGCCCCGAGGAGUGUUUAGGCAACAUGAUCGAGGCCUGCCUGAUGCACGAGGCCAAGAACUUCAGCACCUACUUCCCCAUCAUCUUCUGCCUGGAGUCGGGCAGCUCCGUCACCAAGAACCUGGCAGCUUGCCUGCAGAUCUAUGCCCCAGAGCUGGACAGGGGCCGUAUCGCCGCCUGCGUGCAGGGGGACACAGGGAUGGCCCUGAUGCACCAAAACGCCCAACUGACUGAGGCACUCGACCCCCCACACCAGUUUGUGCCCUGGAUUGUCAUCAACGGGAAGCACACAGAUGAGCUGCAGGCACAGGCAGAGGCCUCGCUGCUGGGGCUGGUUUGCCACCUCUACCAGGGGGAGAAGCCUGAAGUCUGUGGGAGCUCAAAGGCCCCGAAGAUCCCAUUGGGCUGCAGGCGCUGAGGGACGUUGUGGGAGCACCAAGGGAGAGGCCAAUAAAAAGGAUAUUUUUUUUGAAAAA